UGACUGGUGGCACUGACUGGCAGCACUGCUGGGCUGCACUGAUGGGCACUGGUGGGCACAGGUGGGUGGCACUGGUGGGUGGGCACAGGUGGGUGGCACUGCUGGGCACAGGUAGGUGGCACUUCUGGGCACAGGUGUAUGGCACUGCUGGGUGGCACAGGUGGGUGCACUGCUGGGCACAGGUGGGCAGGACUGGUGGGCAGCACUGCUGGGCACCGAUCAUCAGGGCACUGAUGAUCAGUGCCCUGAUGAUUGGUGCCGAUCACUGCUCUAACAACUGCUGGUUCUUGGCACAUGUCAUUGGACACAGC